GCGAGGCUUGCUCCCAAAUGUCAGGGAGGGGUCAAUAUUUCAAAAAUCUUUACGGCAAAGGUCGUGGAAGACGCGGCAACACAGGUGCCAGAGGCUACCAUGCUGGCGGUUCAUUUGCCACUCAGAGGGGAGGACCGCAUGCGGAAAAUGCAGAGGAUGGCACCUCUGAGUUUCGUAACGCCGAACAGCAACUUGGCCCUAGUAGAGGACAAAAGCGCAGGCGUGAAGACUUUCGGGGGACCAUUCAAGACCUUGUUGGUCUUCUGACAGAGCUGAACGCAAGAAGCUAUUCCGCUUAUCGCGAUAUACAGGGUAUCUGGAAUCUGAAAGAUAGCUCCUUAUCGGCAGAGUACAUCCAAAACGAUCCUUUUGCUCCUCCGAGCAAAUUUUGCUUGCGCGUGCCGCACGCCAAUGCACGAUAUCCCUCUUCGAUGUAUGAUAAUCCCAUACGGACGACCGCCCUCUGUGAUUUCCUUGCACGUUCUUUAUACACCACAAUCUCGAGGCUCUCACCCAGGUUUCCGACCUCAUCGUCCUCAACCAGCUGGUCUGCCGCUAAGGGCGGCGUGAUAUCAGCUGAUAAGCCUGGGCAGCAAGUACUUCAACGAUCAUCUGUGAUUCUCGACGGACAUGGUAUCGAGGCCCGCUUCACAAUCAGCCUACCCGCCCAGAGCAGAACAAUCCUCGGCUAUGAGGCCGCUUCAUUAUUUAAGGAACAGGUGCCGAGAUUAGAAAAGAGCCUAAUGUUUUCAAGCCACGAUCCCAGCGAGCUAGCAGAGUUCAUUGACUGUCUCGUUGCCUUCGUUAUUAACGGGGCUAUUCUCCCCCGCGCCAGUGGCAUUUCCGACCUUCCCCUCAAUCCCUCGGAGAAGCUUGCCGUUCCUUUCCAGUCGCCACCUUCACUGUUGAAUAGCUUCUACCUUCCUCAUCGAGGCAAAAUAGAAGGAAUGGGGAUAUCCAAGGGCGUUACGAUGAUUGCCGGUGGGGGAUUCCACGGGAAAUCAACGCUGUUGGAUGCCCUCGCGAAAGGAUGUUACAGCCACAUACCAGGAGAUGGCCGAGAGUUUGUAGUCACAUCCCAAAAUAUUGUCUCCGUACAAAGCGAGGACGGACGCCCAAUUCGAAAUGUUGACAUUUCUCCUUUCAUCGACCAGCUCCCUGGCCAUGUGACGACAAACUCGUUCAAAACGGAAGAUGCCAGCGGCAGUACAAGUAUGGCUGCCGGUGUGAUCGAAGCCCUAGAACUUGGGGCGGAUACUCUCCUUUUCGAUGAAGACACCUGCGCCACGAACUUCCUGAUCCGGGAUACGAGAAUGCGGAAAUUAAUCAAGACGGACCCAAUCAAUCCCUUAGUCUCCAACGUUCGUGCCAUGCUCCGUGACCACGGUUGCUCAUCGAUAUUGGUCAUCGGUGGUUGUGGCGAUUACUGUGACGUCGCUGAUCUCGUGCUCGAAAUGCGUGACUACGGCUGUUAUGAUAUCACUGAAGAGGCUCGUAGGAUCGCAGAAGAGGUCCCUUCUGUGGUCACUCAGUACGAAGCGCCGACAUUCCCGCAGACUCGAUCGCGACAUAUCCACUUGCCCAGUUUACCAACAGACCGCGGCAAGCUUACUGCGCGGAAAAAUGGCACAGUUGAUAUCUUGCAUGACAUCUCGAACCCAUCGAGCUUGCAAGAGACACUUGACUUGCGCGCCCUCGGACAACUGGUGUCUGACAGUCAGACAAGAGCUAUAGCGAGUGCUCUCAAGGCCCUCCCAGGAAUCAUCAGGAGUCGGGACGUUCUCCACAUCCUGCACAAGCAAGUGAACGAUAGCUCGGAAAGUGACGAGGUUGGGGAAAGGCAAUCCGAUCCCGAGGAGAGUUCGUCAGAUAGUACGAGCAGUCGGGUCAAGCAGUGGACGACCCUCAAGAAGGCCUUACGCCUGCUAGAUCGAGAACUUGGUGAACGCGGGCUGGAUCAGAUCAUGGAAGAUGGGAAGCUCGAUCCGUUCUUGGCUCGACCAAGGGCGAUUGAAGUUGGGAUGGCUAUAAAUCGCUUGGCAAGUAUAAGCCUCGUUUUUGUAUCACCGCCUUGUACUGAACUCGUCCCCCGUAGCGGUCUGUCAGCUUGA